GAUUAGGUACGUACUCUUCUAUAAAUUGUGGCCACAGUGGUUGUUCUUGUUCGCCGAUAAUACGAGUAUAAUAUAUGUUUUGCAGACGACAGUCUAGUUCGGAUCGUCUAAUCUCAAUAAAGCUAUCGAUUAGUAAGACAAUUAAAGUGCGGCGUAAGAAAUCCUUUUUGUUAUUUAAAACAAUGUUUGAAAAUAGUCUUAUUGGAUAAUCCAAGAUAUUAACUUUAAACGAUAGGACCGUUUAUUCGGUGAUCAAAACAAAAUAAUUUCAAACCAUUUUGUUUAUCGAUUGAUUAAGUUACAGGAUUUACAACUCAAUCGCCCAAUACAGUCAAACAAAAGCGUCGCCUUAGUGCAAACAUUCUAAAACUUAACCACGGGGUAGUAAAACACAGAUAUGCCGAUUUAAGUGUACAUUCUUAAUUUGAAAUGGAAAGUGGUCUGAAGUUCAUACAUAUUGUUAAUCUCUGCAAGUCGAGACGGUGUGGUUGUUAGGGUAUAGAAAACAUAGGAGUUAUUUGUAUCGCGCAUACAAGACAUCUAUUCGACGUUUCGAAAACGCACUUGAUCGUAAAUUAAAUUUUAUUACUCCAGGAUAUUGAUAGAGGAUUAGUUAUUGAAAGUGUUCACCGUAAUUUAUUUAUGUUUUGAGGAAUUCAAAAUAGGUUGAUAUUUGGUUGUUAAACUGAAACAAGGAGUUUAGAUAAUAAUAUGGCUGCGGCGGACAAAGGGCUGAAAGCGAACGCAGCUUCAAAAUGUAACUUCGUGGCUCAAGACCAGAUAUGGAAAGACCACGUGAAGUUGGAGGAGACGGCGUCUCGCUUCUGGCCGAACAAGUGGAAGUUCAUGACGACGAAAUACGAAGAUUUAGUUAAAGACGAAAUACCCAAGAAAGAAAAACGCCACAAAGACGUGGAGCCUAUAGAGCCGCACCCCGUAACACCCAUAGAAAAAUAUAUCAAAGUGGAUCCCUCUCCCAAGCCCUAUCCGCGAACUACUGCACAGAAUAUUGGUUGGAGGUCAACAGAGGCCGCCCUGGCGCUAGACAGGUACGGGAAGUACGCGAAACCCAAGGGUGGAUUGGUGCGCCAAUUAAAAUGGCCUAAUGAGGCAAUCUCUUAACACUCAUCUCCCAAUUGGCUUUAACCCAAUCCAUAACAGGGGUCGCUCUUGCAAAUCUUCUUUACCACAAAAUUACUAAGGGACCUCACUGUGAGAAGUUUGCUUCCUUAUUGACGUGGAGAAGAAACUUUUAUAACCGGCUAUAUGUUAAAAUGUAAAGGCAAUGUUCCCGAACAACACUAUGUUAAUGUGAGCGUUCCAAUUGUACAUUAGUUUUAGUGUACUCUCUCCACAAAAACAUUUCAUUAUUUAUAAUGGUUUAUUAUGAUAUAUUAUGAACAGUAUUAUUGUGAACAUGUUUAAGUAAUGUAUAACUUUUUUUUUACAUAAUUGACUUUCUCUUUUGUCAAUGUUCCUAGCAUGUCAUGCGAAAUUUUUUCGAAAAAGUAAUUCCAAAACGGAAAAAUGGUUGUGUUUACACGAAACGUUUUCUUGUAAAAUUAUACUCACAGCAAUUGUAACUCAUUAUUGUAUUUUUAUAAAUAAAUAACUUUGUUCUGAUGGUACUGUACAAACAGAUAAAUAGCUAAAAGGCAAAACUUAUUUAUUAUGUAAAAUUUGCUCGGUUUUCUGACGCAUGCUUGCAACAAUGCAUAUUCAGAUGCGUUUUUUAAUGUAUAUUGUAAUGUUAUAUAGGUGUGCGUGGUUUGCAAAUCUGGAAAUGUACAAGCUUCUGUGAUUGUAUUUUAUCAAAUUGUUUAUGUUACAUUAAAAGUUGUAGUUGAUAAGCGUA